AUGGGAAUCAAGGCUUCUGGAAGCUCUUGGUGGUUGUGGAUGCUGGGAACCCUGGUGGGGCUUUUGCCAGGGAUGAUAGCCAAGCAUCACUGCCCACAAGGAGAAUACCAGGUGGAACAAAGAUCAUGGUGCUGCCGACUAUGUAAUCCAGGCACAUACCUAGUGAGGGACUGUGAUGGUGAUGGGAAGGAUCCUCAUUGUAAAUCCUGUACUCCUGGACAAUCCUUCACCCCAGACCACCACGCCCAGCGCCAGUGUGAGAGCUGUCGAAUCUGUAAUGGCCUUACCAUUCAGUACUGCAAUAUCACUAGCAAUACAGAGUGUGCCUGCCCCAAGGGGCAACAGUGUCAAGAUAAGGAAUGUACGAGCUGUGAUCCCCAAUCUACAUACCUGCUGAGCACACCCCAAUAUCCUGUCAGAAGCAUACAUCAACAUCCUGUAACCGUAUACCAAUAUCCCAUGAACACGAAUUCAACUUACAACUCUGAGAGGGCUACCACUGGUGCCCCCACAGGACCUACCCAAAGCCCACCAGGAGCAGGACCAUCCAACCCUGUCAGCAUUUACACCCUCCUGAUCCUCUAUGGAUUGGUUCUGGCCUUGCUCGUGGCGGGGACUUGGCAAAUCCUGAAACAAAGAGCCUGCCAGCUCAAAAAGGAGCAAGCUUCUGUCCUGUCUCCACCUACAGACAAGAGCGAGCCAGUCAAGCUGUGCCCAGCAGAAUCUGGGGUAGCUCUAGGCUCCUGCUGUCCAAAGCAGGAGGUGAGCACCCUGCCUAUCCAAGAAGAUUACCGAAAGCCUGACCCUGCCUCUUACCCAUAAGCUGGACUUACCUAAGGAGUUAGUGACAGGAUGGUGUCCUUCACUUUGGCCUAACCCCUGGAAAGACUACUAGGAGUAAAUCCCACUCAACACCAACACCUCCCAGGAGCCCUUGCCACUGCCUCCUGCCCAGGUGGCUUCUCCUUCCUUGCCCA